AUGGUUAAGGCUGAUUUUUUGGCAGAAUGUGAGAAGAUUGCACUGCAGGAAAAAGUGAAGUCCUUGCACUUGGAGGACGAGGCCUGUUGUAAACUACAAAACAGGAUCCAGCAACUAGAAAGUGACAUCUCUGAAACUCAAGUUCUUCUUGAAAAGGAGAAAGCCAAGUACCACAGCGCUUGUCGCCAGCAAGAGUUAAUGCAGGCGAAGCAGAAGUCUUUGUUGGAGAGAGUGGAUGACCUUGAUGAAGAGUGUGAAGAGCUGCAGAGGCAGUUGGGAGAUGAAGAGGAGAGACAGAAUCACCUACACAAUGAGCUGCAUCAGAUGUCAGAGGAGAAGAUGCAACUGCAGGCUCAGCUAACACAACAGCAGGUCUUGGGUUUUGACCUUCAAAAGGAGAAGGAGACGGUGGAAACAAACAUGGGCGAACUAGAGAAGAGCGUGGUUGAGCUGAAGGAACAUGUGCAAGUUCUAUUGGAGAGGGAGAAGCUGUUGGUGGCUUUUCCAGAGCUCAGCGCCCAAGUGCAGGCCCAACCACAGAGUACAGGAAAUGUGCUUUUGGACAUGGAGAAACAAAUGCAGGCUAAUUGUGUUCACAUAAAAUUUCUGGAGCAGGAAAAUGCUACCCUACACAGCAGCCUGGACAAACUGAGGGAGAGAGCUCAUUUUGUUUUGAGGGCACAGCAGUGCAGCACGGCUGGGACGCAGUAACAGGGGGAGGGAACCAAAUAUACAUGUUUGGUUCCCUCCCCCUAUGUAUGGAAGGUAGAUCAUGUCAACUUAAUUUGGCUCCUUCUUUCUCUUCUUUUUUAUAAGAAACAGACCAAUACACAAGAUGAUGUCACAUUUUUAGGAUAUGAUUUUGUUGCAACUUAUCACCUAACAAACACUAUUUGGUUGGUCACACAUUAUAUUGUUCUAUAUUGUGAUUGAUGUGUCAACAUGUUAAUAAACAUCCCAUGAGGUCAGAUAUUAGAGAAUAGGCCUCACUCAUAUGAUACAUCAGAAAAAGGGGUAAAGAUCAAAUUCAAAUUGCAAUCUCUGAAUUGAAUAUAUUUGCUAAAUACAAAU